UGUAUGUACCCCUCGCUAUGUGUGACUGACUCGAGGCGACUGAUACUGCGCAGACAUGCGAAAUUGACCAAGGCGACCGCGAACACUUACGCCCUGGUCUACCACUGGCAAGGGUCUGACGACUCUUUGAAGCCGAUGCUCUUGACUGCGCACCAAGAUGUUGUUCCCGUUGAGCCGUCGACGGCAGACCAGUGCUUCAGCCUCCCUUCUCUGGCUAUUAUGACGGCAAGCGAAUGGAUCUGGGGGCGUGGUAGCUGUGACGACAAGCCUGGCUUGAUCAGUACUCUGACCACUGUCGAGACGCUCCUGCAAAAAGGAUUCCAACCAGCUCGUUCUAUUGUACUGGCAUACGGUAUGGACGAAGAACGCGGUGGCCGUGCUGGCGCUACCGCUAUUCGGGACUACCUGCUCGAGCAUCACGGCGAAGAUUCGUUCUCCAUCAUUGUCGACGAGGGCGGCGGAUACGCAGUCAGAGGUGACGCGCUCAUGUCCAGCCCUGCGGUGGCUGAGAAGGGUAAGCUUGAUGCCAGGCUCGAGAUUUCCACACCAGGCGGCCAUUCGAGUGUCCCUCCCCGUCACACCUCAAUCGGCAUGCUUGCUGCGCUGAUCAAGCACAUCGAGGCGAACCCCCACGUCCCGCAUCUGAACCGCACCUCAACGUACUACGCCCAGCUACAAUGUCAGGCAGAGCACGAUCCGCUAUUCCCCACGAAGUUGAAGAGGUUGGUCAAGAGGUCGCUCAAGAAUGACAAGGCUUUAGCGAAGCUCGAAGCGGAGCUGCUCAAGACCGACGCUAUGUUUGGGCCUCUUGCUGGGACGACGCAGGCGGUUGAUAUCAUACAUGGAGGCGUGAAGUCAAACGCACUGCCUGAGAACGCGUACUUCAUCAUGAACCACAGGAUUGACAGUGUCGGCUCGGUCGACACCGUAAAAUUACACAUCGCGCAGACAGUAGGACCGACGGCCAACAGUUUCAACCUGUCGGUGGAUGCCUUCGGUGUGCAGUAUGGCGACCUCAGCGAGGAAUCGGCUUUCGGUCAUCUGCAGAUGUCGGACGCGUAUGGCACGCAGCUCGAACCUGCGCCGGUUACACCGACCUUCGGAAGCGGCCCCUACGAGCUCUUGGCUGGUGCUGUGAUCGGCGCCUUGAGCACUUCCAACAGAACCGGCAUACCAAAGAAGCCACAUAUAUGUGGCAUAUCUGACUGUUUCGUAGACACGAGGCACUACUGGAAGCUAACGCAGCACAUCUUCCGCUAUGGACACGUUGGCCGCGAUGAUCACUUCAACGGAGCGCACACGGUGAAUGAAGGGCUUUUGGAGGUUAUCCGCUUCCACACGCGACUAAUACUUAAUGGCCAUGAUUCCCCCUCCUCGAGUAGAGCAUUAUCC